UCCUCCUCUCUUUGCUCGUGCAACAGUAUCUCUCUCUCUCUAUCCCUCUGCCUCUCUUACUCUUUCCUCCUCUCUUUGUCACAGCAACAGUCACACUAAGAGACAGUGUUUGAUUGCUUUCAGCCCAUUGUAAGCUGUUUUAAAGAGACAGAAACAUCAGACAUCAAUCACCAUGGGUCGAAAAUUCUUCGUUGGAGGCAACUGGAAGUUAAAUGGCAACAAAAAAAGUAUCGAUGGCAUCAUAGAAUUUAUGAAUGCUGGUCCUCUCAAUGCCGACACUGAAGUUGUUGUUGGUCCACCUAGUUGCUAUCUGGAAUAUGUCCGUAGCAAGCUGAAGGGUAACAUUGGAGUUGCUGCUCAGAACUGCUACAAAGUGCCUUCUGGUGCAUUUACUGGAGAUAUAAGUCCUGCUAUGAUCAAGGAUAUUGGUCUCCGUUAUGUCAUCUUGGGUCACUCUGAGAGAAGGAAUGUAUUUGGAGAAACUGAUGAGUUGAUUGGAGAGAAAAUAGAGCAUGCUGUCAGUGAAGGAUUGAUUGUGAUCGCUUGUAUUGGAGAGAAACUUGAAGAAAGAGAAGCCGGUAAAACUGAAGAAGUUGUCUUUAGUCAAACAAAAACUAUCAUCAAACACACCAAAGACUGGUCGAAAGUUGUGAUUGCUUAUGAACCUAUCUGGGCCAUCGGAACUGGCAAAACUGCUACUCCAGAACAAGCCCAGAGUGUACAUGCAAGUCUGCGUAAAUUUAUUUCUGAAAAUGCUUCAAAAGAAAUUGCUGACAAUGUCCGCAUUUUAUAUGGAGGUUCCGUCAGUGCUGCAAAUUGUAAAGAACUUGGACAAAAACCAGACAUUGAUGGAUUCUUGGUCGGUGGAGCAUCACUGAAACCUGACUUUGUUAAGAUUGUCAAUGCUCGAGCUUAAAAAGGAGUGACUGAGUGUAAUUUGUUGACUGUUAAUCAUUAAUCUCUCUUGAUCUCUAAUCCUCUACUGAUGUUUAUAAAAUAAUUCUAGAAAGUAAAAUUGUUCUAUUCACCCAAGUUACAGUAAAUACGCAAUGAAAACUUUCCAUCUCUAAUUUUUUUUUUUUCUUUCAAUUCACUCAAUUUUUUUUAGCAAGGUUUUCAUAUAGUCCUGAAAAGAUUGAAUCAGUUAAAUUAUUUAUCUCGAAAAUAAAAUAUCAA